UGAUAUCAAUAAAUCCCAAACCGACUCAUCUUCUUCCCGCAACUUCAUAAUCUGCUUUCCCAAUUCUCUCUUUCGUCGGAGGUCCUGUGAAACCUAGACAUAUCGCAGUGAUGCAAAAUUCAAAGGUUCCACCUAUUUCUGAACCAAAGAGAAAGAAGAUUUCUACUCCAAAACAACCAUUGAGCCAAUUACCACCACGAAGCGUGAAAAGAUCUUCAGCGAGGAACACAUCGGACCAGGUUUUUGCGAUUUCCAAUCAACUAGAGGUGUCUCCUAAUUCAGAUGCAUCUCCAGGAAACGAGUAUAGAGCACUGAGACGCAAGUAUAUGCUGCUAGAGGAAGAUAGUUUCGCAUUGGAGAGAGAAUUAAAGGAAGCUGAGGACGAGGUUAGAGCACUUGAAGAUGAGAAGCUUGAGCUCUUGGACAAACUCGUUGUUUUGGAAGGUUUAGUUGAUCCUUAGAUUCUCCCUUAGCACUUGUCUUUGUCUUUGGCCUUAUUCAUAUGUACAAGCCACCAUAUAUAGUAACAACAUUGAUUCUGAUUACACAACUUAGAAGUUUGGAGGUUGGUAUAGAAAACUCUGAACCUCACUUUGUUGUUGGUGUCUUUCAAGAUGAUCAAAACUAAUACAAUGGUUUUGGAACAAAA